AGGGUUUGCUUCUCGGACCAUGGCGCUCCUCUCUGAUCAAUUCACUGUAUACGUGGCGUUUCAUUUUAUUAUGUUAGGAUUAUUUAAUGUUACCGCAGCAACUCCGGGCAGCGCUAAUGUUUUGUCACUUCUGCAGCCGUAUGAUUUUUUGUAUUACAGCGGGGUACGUUCCUACUUUGGUCAGGAGUGGAGUAAGGCUGCGGAGCUGCUGGAGAAAUCCAUCGUGACCAAGCAAUCACUGUUCAGGGUCCGCAGGCAGUGUCAUGAUGACUGUUUGUCAGCAGGGAAAGAGGCACUCUAUAAACUAGACUCGGAGGAGGGGAGUCUGUGGGACCUCUGGCUCUUGGAUUGGGUGCAGCAGAGGGCUGAGUGUUUGAGGUUCUGUAUAGGACGCUCCAUCACCCCUGCUGGGCAGCUCCCUGUUUCUACAGACAUAGAAUAUGAAUUUGACUCUCGCAACCCCUACAACUUUCUGCAGGUUACAUACUACAAGUUGGAAAAGUUGCAGAGGGCAGCAUCAGCAGCUCACACCUACUUUGUGGCCAACCCCAGUCACCUAGAAAUGAGGAACAACAUUGAGAAGUAUAGGAGGAUGGAAGGAGUGACCGAGGAGGCCUUCCAGGAUAGAGAGAUUGAGAAUGAGAAGCACUGGGUCCUGUAUGAUGCUGCAGUCCAGUAUGAGGCCUCCUCUGACUGGGUGCAAGCAGCAGACAAAUGGAAAGUGUGUGUGAAUGAAACACUGCGGCAGACAGAGGAGUGCAGGGCACAGUGUGAGGUGGCCUCCCAACGGCUGCCCGAGGACAGGGGAGUGGAUAGCGUUGAUGGCGUGUUUGAGAAGGCUGCAGCUCUUUCUCUCUCCCUGCUCUCGUGCCGGCAGUCCUGUGUGACUCAGGUAGCUACACGACCUGGAAGGAUUUCUGCUCAGGAGGACUUCCUCCCCACACAGCUGGAGCAUCUGCAUAUUGCACAAUUUAAAGCUGGUGAUAUUAGUGGAGCAGUGCAGACUCUACGCUCUCUUCUCCUCUUUUACCCCUCUGACAAGGACUCUUUGGACAACCUGCAGCUCUACUAUGAGACACUAGGAGGAGACACAGAGUCACAAGGCACACAGCCUGCUCAGGAGAUUGUCACGUACGUCAGUCGCUCUUUGCAGGAGAAGAAGCUACUGUAUUUUGGUAUGGAGAACCUUGACUUCAGUUUCACCGACCCAGAUUUUUGGACUCCAGAAGAUGUUGUACCUGAAUCGCUGAGGGAGAAUUGGAGAGCUGAAAAAGAGAAAAUGAACGAGAAAAUGAAAGAGGGAGAGCAGCAGGAGGAAGUGGAUGACAGUGGCUUUUUUUCAGGUGGUGCAGUCCCUCAGGUGGGUGUUACCAUCGCCAUGGAUGACGAGGUUUUGAACGGGACCAAUCGUGUGGUACUGGACGGAGUCAUGACUGAGAAGGAAUGUGACAAAAUAUUGCAGUUAGCAACAGCUGCUGCAUCAGCUGGAGAUGGUUACCGAGGACGACGGUCUCCGCACACACCUCAUGAGACGUUUGAAGGCCUGACUGUGCUCAGGGCUGUGAAGUUGGCUCAGGAAGGCCUUGUCAACCAAUCACAUGCCAGGCUGUUACAUGAGCUGGGGGAGCGGGUGAGAGUCCUGCUGCACUCCUACUUCAGGAGCCCCUCAGGACUCUUUGUCUCUUUCACACACCUGGUGUGCCGCAGUGCUGUCGCAGGUGACCAGGAGGGCAGGUUGGACCUGUCUCAUCCUGUCCAUGUUGACAACUGUCUCCUGGAGCCAGAGACCAAGCAGUGCUGGAGGGAACCACCAGCAUUCAUACACAGAGACCUGAGUGCCAUUCUCUACGUGAAUGACAACUUUGAUGGUGGGGAGUUGUUUUUCACUAACAGGGAUGCCAAGACUGUAACAGCUCGAGUCAAACCAAGCUGCGGUAGACUGGUGGGCUUUUCCUCAGGUCCAGUAAAUCCCCACGGUGUUACUGCAGUGACCAGUGGCCGGCGGUGCUCGCUGGCCCUGUGGUUUACAAAGGAGAAGCUCUACAGGGACAUGGAGCGAGAGGAGGCGGAGGCCCUGUGGGCUGCAGAUGGACAGAGUGUGGUGAAAAAGGACGAGCAGGAGGCAGAGGGCAGCGCCACUGCCGGCAGGAACGCUCGGAGCCAAGCACCAAAGGAGAGGAGCAGAGGAAGAGACAGGGUCUCGGGGGGUAAAGAUGAGCUGUGAGAGCCAGGACAAACCUGACAGACUGAAAGUGGAAUACAAUUUCAUUUGCAUCCAUUCUAGUGGAAAAAUCCCCCAUCCCCAUAACAGGACCAUUACACCAACCAUGAACACUUUUACAACACGAUUUUUCAGUUUUUAACCAACACAUUCACUCUCUUCUUCUUGCUGCCUUUUUAUGUAAAGCUUGCACGUGUGUAUAUACUGUAUUUAUACUGUAUAUGAUGAAGGUAAGUGAGGGAAACUCUGUCCUCUCUUCUCUGUAAUGUUUGUCUUUAUGUUUGUUUUAGCAGCUUUGCUGACUCUGAUAUCACUCCCUUUUAAAAUGAAGAGAA